CACAGUCUUAAAUGUAAACAUCAAGUAUUUAAAUCUAAUAAUGAAUCAAGAAAAAUGUUUAAAUUAAAACAAUUUUUUGUGACAACUUUGAUUGUUUCAUUAGUCAUAGUCCCCUGCAAAACUGAUAAUAUCGAGGUAAUAGAUGUCGAAAAUAAUGUUACAGACAGUCCAGCAGAGACUGCUGUCUUAAAACUGUUGAAUGUAACUGAAUCAGAUGCCGGAGCUGUCAUAUACACAUAUAAAUGUACCGUUGGUACAUAUCAAUCAGGUCGUUUGGCUUGUAUAGCGAAUAAUAACACUUCAUGGAACUCUCCUCAUGAUGCUGAAUUAAAAUUACGUUGUCCCAAAGUUGGAAGUGGCGUAGUUUUGUCUUAUGUUGAGAUUCUUUACUCUGUAACAUACCCCAAUGUAAAGUGUUAUGUUAAUGAGGGUGCUGUUGGUUUGCGUUACAUUGGCGUAACUGUUAAUGCUUGGAAUACUUUGAUGUUUAAUUACUGGGCGUAUUUUUAUACCUUUUAAAAAUUUAAGAAUCUUAAUAUUUAAUCUCGAUUUAUAAGAAAUGUGAUAAUGCUAAUAGCUUUUUAUAUAUGUAUUUAAAUAAUAUAUUACAAAUUAUCAAGGCCGAA